AUGAGUACUGCAAACACGUCUUUGUCGCAACAGCUAGACGAAAAGCCAUGGGUGGAUGCACUGGACAAUUCAUCAGUUCAAGAAUAUCAAGGUUUUGAUGCUACUGCAAGUCACAACAUCCAAGAUUUAGCCAGAAAAUUGACCCAUGGUUCUACAAAUGGUGAUCACCAUUCUGCAAAUGAUUUAGCUAGAUAUUUGAGCCACAUGUCCGACAUACCUGGUGUUAGUCCAUUCAACGGCAACAUUAGUCAUGAACAAUUAGACCCAGAUUCCGAAAAUUUCAAUGCCAAAUACUGGGUGAAAAACUUGAAAAAAUUAUUUGAAUCUGAUUCUGAUUAUUAUAAGCCAUCGAAAUUAGGGGUUGCCUAUAGAAAUUUAAGAGCUUACGGUAUUGCUAAUGAUUCUGAUUAUCAACCAACUGUGACUAACGCACUUUGGAAAUUUACUACUGAAGCAAUCAAUAAAUUGAAGAAACCAGACGACUCAAAGUAUUUUGAUAUUUUGAAAUCAAUGGAUGCCAUUAUGAGACCAGGUGAACUUACUGUKGUUUUGGGGAGACCCGGUGCUGGUUGUUCCACAUUGUUAAAGACCAUUGCUGUUAACACUUAUGGUUUCCACAUUGGUAAAGAAUCCCAAAUUACUUAUGAUGGGUUAUCCCCACAUGAUAUUGAACGUCAUUACCGUGGUGAUGUUAUUUAUUCUGCUGAAACCGAUGUUCAUUUCCCUCAUUUGAGUGUUGGUGAUACUUUGGAAUUUGCCGCUAGAUUAAGAACUCCACAAAACAGAGGUGAAGGUAUCGACAGAGAAACUUAUGCUAAACAYAUGGCUAGUGUUUAUAUGGCAACCUAUGGGUUAUCACACACAAGAAAUACUAAUGUUGGUAACGAUUUUGUGCGUGGUGUUUCCGGUGGUGAAAGRAAAAGAGUGUCAAUUGCUGAAGCUUCUUUGAGUGGUGCUAAUAUCCAAUGUUGGGAUAAUGCCACUAGAGGKUUAGAUUCUGCUACUGCUUUGGAAUUCAUUAGAGCUUUGAAAACUUCAGCAACUAUUUUAGAUACAACUCCGUUGAUUGCCAUUUAUCAAUGUUCUCAAGACGCUUAUGAAUUGUUCGAUAACGUUGUUGUUUUAUACGAAGGUUACCAAAUUUUCUUUGGUAAGGCUUCCAAAGCCAAAGAAUAUUUUGAAAAUAUGGGUUGGAAAUGUCCUCAAAGACAAACUACUGCUGAUUUCUUGACUUCCUUAACCAAUCCAGCUGAAAGAGAACCRUUACCAGGUUAUGAAGAUAAAGUACCAAGAACUGCUCAAGAAUUUGAAACAUUUUGGAAAAAUUCUCCCGAAUAUGCUGAAUUAACUAAGGAAAUUGAUGAAUAUUUUGUUGAAUGUGAACGAUCCAACACCGGGGAAACUUAUCGUGAAUCUCAUGUUGCCAAACAAUCCAACAAUACAAGACCUUCUUCCCCAUAUACAGUUUCAUUUUUCAUGCAAGUUAGAUAUGUUAUUGCUAGAAACUUUCUUCGUAUGAAAGGUGACCCAUCUAUUCCCUUGAUUUCAAUUUUGUCGCAAUUGGUGAUGGGCCUUAUUUUGGCCUCAGUAUUCUUUAACCUUAGAAAAAGUACUGAUACAUUUUAUUUCCGAGGUGGAGCACUUUUCUUUUCAGUAUUAUUCAAUGCCUUUUCUUCACUUUUAGAAAUAUUGUCGCUUUAUGAAGCUAGACCAAUUGUGGAAAAGCAUAGGAAAUAUGCUCUUUAUCGUCCAUCUGCUGAUGCAUUAGCUAGUAUUAUUAGCGAAUUACCCGUCAAGUUACUCAUGACCAUGUCCUUCAAUAUAGUCUACUAUUUCAUGGUCAACCUUAGAAGAACUGCAGGAAAUUUCUUCUUUUAUUGGUUAAUGUGUGCACUGUGCACUUUGGUAAUGUCCCACAUGUUCAGAUCCAUUGGUGCUGUUACAACCACUAUUGCUACUGCCAUGUCACUCUCCACAGUAUUUUUAUUGGCCAUGAUCAUUUAUGCUGGGUUUGUUCUUCCUAUUCCUUACAUAUUAGGAUGGUCCAGAUGGAUAAGAUACAUCAAUCCUGUGACAUACAUUUUUGAAUCACUUAUGGUGAAUGAAUUCCACGGUCGUGAAUUUGAAUGUGGACAAUAUAUUCCUAGUGGUCCUGGUUUUGAAAAUCUUCCGGUUGAAAAUAAAGUUUGUACAACAGUUGGAUCUACUCCUGGAAGCACAGUUGUCCAAGGUACCGAAUAUAUAAAAUUGGCUUAUCAAUUUUAUUCUUCACACAAAUGGAGAAACUUUGGAAUUACCGUUGCAUUUGCUGUUUUCUUCUUAGGAGUUUAUGUUGCCUUGACUGAAUUCAAUAAAGGUGCUAUGCAAAAGGGGGAAAUUGUUUUGUUUCUUAAAGGGUCUUUGAAAAAACAUAAAAGAAAAACUGCUGCUUCCAACAAAGGUGAUAUUGAAGCUGGUCCUGUUGCUGGCAAACUUGAUUAUCAAGAUGAAGCUGAAGCUGUYAAUAAUGAAAAAUUCACUGAAAAGGGUAGUACUGGAAGUGUUGAUUUCCCAGAAAACCGUGAAAUAUUUUUCUGGAGAGAUUUGACUUAUCAAGUUAAAAUCAARAAAGAAGAUCGUGUUAUUUUAGAUCAUGUUGAUGGAUGGGUCAAACCWGGUCAAAUUACUGCAUUGAUGGGAGCAUCUGGUGCUGGUAAGACYACAUUAUUGAAUUGUUUAUCUGAAAGAGUCACUACUGGUAUUAUUACUGAUGGUGAAAGAUUGGUUAAUGGCCAUGCCUUAGAUUCUUCAUUCCAAAGAUCAAUUGGUUAUGUCCAACAACAAGACGUUCAUUUGGAAACCACUACUGUUAGAGAAGCAUUACAAUUUUCUGCUUAUUUGAGACAAUCCAACAAGAUUUCUAAAAAGGAGAAAGAUGAUUAUGUCGAUUAUGUUAUUGAUUUAUUGGAAAUGACUGAUUAUGCUGAUGCCCUAGUUGGUGUCGCUGGUGAAGGUUUGAAUGUUGAACAAAGAAAAAGAUUGACCAUUGGGGUUGAAUUAGUUGCCAAACCUAAAUUGUUGUUAUUCUUAGAUGAACCAACUUCAGGGUUAGAUUCUCAAACUGCCUGGUCGAUUUGUAAAUUGAUGAGAAAGUUAGCUGAUCAUGGUCAAGCCAUUUUGUGUACUAUCCAUCAACCAUCAGCUCUUAUUAUGGCUGAAUUUGAUAAACUUUUAUUUUUACAAAAAGGUGGAAGAACGGCUUAUUUUGGUGAAUUAGGUGAGAACUGUCAAACCAUGAUCAAUUAUUUUGAAAAAUAUGGUGCUGAUCCAUGUCCUAAGGAAGCAAAUCCAGCAGAAUGGAUGUUACAAGUCGUUGGUGCUGCACCAGGAUCUCAUGCCAAGCAAGAUUAUUUUGAAGUUUGGAGAAAUUCUAGUGARUAUCAAGCYGUUAGAGAAGAAAUUAAUAGAAUGGAAGCUGAAUUAUCYAAAUUACCAAGAGAUAAUGAUCCAGAAGCKCUUUUGAAAUAUGCUGCACCACUUUGGAAACAAUACUURUUGGUCAGUUGGAGAACUAUUGUUCAAGAUUGGAGAUCACCAGGAUAUAUUUAUUCAAAAUUAAUAUUAGUCAUUUCGUCAUCAUUAUUUAUUGGGUUUUCAUUUUUCAAAUCGAAAAAUAACCUUCAAGGUUUACAAAGUCAAAUGUUGGCGGUAUUUAUGUUUUUCGUUCCAUUCACGACAUUUAUUGAUCAAAUGCUACCUUAUUUUGUUAAACAUAGAGCUGUUUAUGAAGUAAGAGAAGCUCCAUCGAGAACAUUCAGUUGGUUUGCAUUUAUUGCUGGUCAAAUCACUUCAGAAAUUCCCUUUCAAAUAGUUGUUGGUACCAUUUCAUAUUUCUGUUGGUAUUAUCCAGUUGGAUUAUAUGCCAAUGCUGAACCGACAGACUCAGUUAACUCUCGUGGAGUUUUAAUGUGGAUGUUAUUAACUGCAUUUUAUGUUUACACAUCAACUAUGGGACAAUUGGCAAUCUCUUUGAAUGAAUUGAUUGAUAAUGCUGCUAAUUUGGCUACAACUUUAUUUACGUUAUGUUUAAUGUUUUGUGGGGUAUUGGCUGGUCCUAAUGUGAUUCCCGGGUUUUGGAUUUUCAUGUACAGAUGUAAUCCAUUCACUUAUUUGAUUCAAGCCAUUCUUUCUACUGGAUUAGCUAAUGCAAAAGUCACUUGUGCACCUAGAGAAUUGGUUACUUUAAAACCACCAAUGGGAGAAACUUGUUCUUCAUUUAUUGGUCCUUAUACCGAAGCUGCUGGUGGUUAUUUUUCCACAAAUAGUGAUGGUACUUGUUCAGUAUGCAGAAUCGAUUCAACCAAUCAAUUUUUAGAAUCCAUCAAUGCUUUGUUUAGUCAAAGAUGGAGAAAUUUUGGUAUUUUUGUUGCUUUUAUUGGUAUCAAUAUCAUUCUUACUAUUUUCUUUUACUGGUUGGCUAGAGUUCCAAAAGGUAAUAGAGAAAAGAAGAUGAAAAAAUAA